UCUUAGAGGAUGGCAGAGGUGAAAGCAGCCUCUGGGACAACUGCAGGCAUGUGGGGCUCCCCAUCACCCCUUCCCUCUUCCUGACACCCACCCUGUGCACUACCCCCAGGGAAGCCUUUUGAGGAUUCCAGACUGAGCUUCCACCUGGAGCUCUCGGGAAGCUCCGAGCUGUCCAUGCAGGUGGCCCUGGACCGAUUCCAGACCUGGGAGGGCUGGGGGGGGGGAGGGCAGGAGUUCUUUGCUUCUCGCCAGUGUGUUGCAAUCACUUGUACUUUGCCUGGGUCAAUAGGCAGAGUCACGUGACUGCAUGACAGCGGACCUCUGAGAUGGCCGCGUUCCACGUUUCCAAGAAACCCUGAAUCCCGGGGAUGUCAUUUGUUUCGAGCGGCCCGGAGGAGCGGAAGGCAUCCGGGGUUAGGUGUGUGAAGACAGAUCCAAGGAUGCCACUGCUUGGGACAGGCUGGUCAGGGUCACCUGUCAGUGCCUCACCUGUCAAGAGGGGUAGAUAAUGACAACUGUUCUCCACAGGAGGUUUUGUGACGACGAACUAGGUUCACGCGUGGGUGAGACCCUCGUCAAUUUUCCCACUGACUCUGAAGGCAGGGACGUAUCUUACUCAUUUCUGUGUCCUCAGGACCCAGCACAGUGCCCGGCUGACUCAAAUGUUUGUUGACUGAGUGCAAGAAUGGGUGAUGCGUGGCCGUUCCAGCAGCAGCACCCCCGGUGUGCCAGCCCAAGGGUGCCACUAGUGGGCACCACGCGGCCCCGCGCCUGUCCGUCUCCUCCCGAGCCACGGUGGUAGCCAGAAUGGAAGGCGCCCCCCAGGGGGGCCUGCAGACCGUCAUGAAGUGGAAAACGGUCGUUGCCAUCUUUGUGGUCGUGGUGGUCUAUCUCGUCACGGGCGGUCUGGUCUUCCGGGCGCUGGAACAGCCCUUCGAGAGCAGCCAGAAGAACACCAUCGCCUUGGAGAAGGCAGAAUUCCUGCGGGAUCACAUCUGCGUGAGCCCACAGGAGCUGGAGACGCUGAUCCAGCAUGCCCUUGACGCUGAUAAUGCAGGAGUAAGUCCAAUAGGAAACUCUUCCAACAACAGCAGUCACUGGGACCUUGGAAGUGCCUUUUUCUUUGCUGGAACUGUCAUCACCACCAUAGGGUAUGGGAAUAUUGCUCCGAGCACUGAAGGAGGCAAAAUCUUUUGUAUUUUAUAUGCCAUCUUUGGAAUUCCGCUUUUUGGUUUCUUAUUGGCUGGAAUUGGAGACCAACUGGGAACCAUCUUUGGGAAAAGCAUUGCAAGAGUGGAGAAGGUCUUUCGAAAAAAGCAAGUGAGCCAGACCAAGAUCCGGGUCAUCUCAACCAUCCUGUUCAUCUUGGCCGGCUGUAUUGUGUUUGUGACGAUCCCUGCUGUCAUUUUCAAAUAUAUCGAGGGGUGGACAGCCUUGGAGUCCAUUUACUUUGUGGUGGUCACUCUCACCACUGUAGGCUUUGGUGAUUUUGUGGCAGGGGGAAACGCUGGGAUCAAUUACCGGGAGUGGUAUAAGCCCCUAGUGUGGUUUUGGAUCCUUGUUGGCCUUGCCUACUUUGCAGCCGUCCUCAGUAUGAUCGGAGAUUGGCUACGGGUUCUAUCCAAAAAGACAAAAGAAGAGGUCGGUGAAAUCAAGGCCCACGCGGCCGAGUGGAAGGCCAACGUGACGGCCGAGUUCCGGGAGACACGGCGGCGGCUCAGCGUGGAGAUCCACGACAAGCUGCAGCGGGCGGCCACCAUCCGCAGCAUGGAGCGCCGGCGCCUGGGCCUGGACCAGAGGGCCCACUCGCUGGACAUGCUGUCCCCCGAGAAGCGCUCCGUCUUCGCCGCCCUGGACACGGGCCGCUUCAAGGCCUCAUCCCAGGAGAGCAUCAACAACCGGCCCAACAACCUGCGCCUGAAGGGGUCGGAGCAGCUCAACAAACACGGGCAGGGCGCCUCGGAAGACAACAUCAUCAACAAGUUCGGGUCCACCUCCAAGCUCACCAAGAGGAAAAACAAGGACCUCAAAAAGACCUUGCCCGAGGACGUCCACAAAAUCUACAAGACCUUCCGGAAUUACUCCCUGGACGAAGAGAAGAAGGAGGAGGAGACGGAGAAGAUGUGCAACUCGGACCACUCCAGCACGGCCAUGCUGACUGAGUGCAUCCAGCAGCAGGCCGGGAUGGAGAACGGGCUGGUCCCCACGGACACCAGAGACCAGGAACUCGAGAACAACGCAUUACUUGAAGACAGAAACUAAAUGCUGAGGACCUUGGACUUGACCAAGCGUCGUGUUUUUUAUAUUCACCCUGAGACACGUGCCUUAAACAGACUUCUCGUUAGUCCGAAAUUACAUAGCAUCGAAGAAUAUAUUUCACUGUGCCAUAAACGACUGAGAUGAGAAAGAUCGCUCUGCCGAAAGGAGUCAAAGAACAAGGACUGCACUUCUGGCGGCGGCCGCAGGACACUGGGGGAGUGUUCGCACACGCAGGAGGUCGUGGCCGCAAAUGUUAAGGGCGUGUCUGGGACGGUGCUUGCACCCCUGUGUGGUGCCACCCCGGCCCCAGCAUGUAGAAAAGGGCAGCUAUUCCUUAGACCAGCCUUCUGAAAGGAACAGAUGUGUCUCCUAAGUGGAGUCUCAUUUUCCGAACCUACCGUUAGAGAUACGUGCACACACAGAAGGGGACCAGAUGGGGGGUGAACGAGUACCUGCAGGGAGGGUCUGAGUUGGCAUUUUGGCAUGUUGCUCCGAGCUUGAGUUUUGAUACAAACCCUUCAGGGCGCACCUACUCUUUCUAGGCUCCAAAUGAGCGUCUGUGGGACCUGAGAGCACGUGGAAUUUGUUGGCAACAGAUCAGAGCACACGUAUUCAAAGGUGCAAUUGCUUUCCUCAUUACAAAAGAGAAAAAAAAUCACAAAUGCAUCACACUGUGGAAUACCACCUUAACCAACGACAGAAGCCUACUGAACUUUGUCUUUUCGACGAACGAUGAAAAAAGUGAACCCGCGAGCAUCGGCGGACACUCGGCCUCAUUUGCUGCAUGGUUACGGGCACAACAUCAUGCAUUUUCCUCAGUGGGUGCAGUGGUGAAAAUAAACUGGUUCUGAAACGUUCACGUUCACUUUUCUAGUGGAACUUCGGUUAUAAGUCGUUUUGAUAAGAGGGGGAAGAAAUACCAAAACAAUUGCCUUGCAUGAUGCCAGUGGCUUGCUGUUCUGUCUAGCUGAUCCUAAUUUUUUUUAUAAAAAUAGACAUCCUGCAUGUCUGAGACAUACCAAGGAGGACCAUGGCAUCAUUCCAUCUCAGGGCUUUUUGUCCCUUUGGGUGUCUUAAGGUAGACAUAGUGACGAGGUCCAGUCCUGCUAUCUCCAAACGAAAGAAAGAUUCCCCCAACAACUCUUGUACACGAAGAUUGAAUUGUUUUAAAAUUGCCUGCAGCUUAAGUGCCAUUAAUGCCAUUUACAAAUAAUGCUUAAAAGAAAUAUUUACAACAUUCCACUUUUAUGUUUGGGUGUUCCUUAUUUUGAAAGCAUCACUUCUUUUCCUUGCUCGUUUCUUUAGCCCACACCUGCUACUCACGAAAGUUGGAACCCCAGUGUGAUCGAUCGUUUCAAGGCAAACAAUAGCAACACCUGAUAAUUCUGAUUGUUCCAUGAGGUUAAAAUUGUGAAGGAAAGUGGGGGAGUGGCUAGUCAUAGGUUUUGAGAAGAUUCUGAAUUGAUGAUUUUUUUUUUUUUUUAAUCAGAAAGGGCAAAAUAUGUGCUAGGCUCACCAUCCUUAGCCUUUUGCAUAACUGGCUGGCCAUUCACACGUAGCUACGUGGACCACACUCUGAAGCCUUUGGACUUGCAAACCCAGGAGGUUGCAGGUUGUGGUCCUCCCAGGCUCAGCGCCGCCUGUUGGGGGUUUCACACAAUUCACACACAGAGUGGAUUUAAUCAAGAGAUCACAGGACUAGUGGAGACUUCCCGAAACCAUCUAAUGCUUUCUGACUUCUGGGGAGAAUUAUAUCCGCCACAUCCUUGACCACUGGUACCAGGGCAGACCUCUUCCUGCCCGUCUCCCCAAAAUGCCUGGACCACAUGUAGCUCCCCUUUCCCCUGCCCCAAAUUUUGGGCUCCAGUUAAAGUUCUGGCAUUUCCUUUGGGAAGGAGCCAAAGAAGAGUCACUUUCAUGAGGCCCUUCCUUUCCAACGGUAGAUUUGGUUUAGUGCCUCCACUUGGCUGGAGCUGUGGCUCACUGGUGACAUCCUGCAUCCACACAUUAAGAGACGCAGGAAACGACGCUUAUGCAGGUGUGGGCGUUGGCUCUUACUGGGAGAGUCCUUCAAGCCUGCAAAACGUGUUUUCAUUGGUGGAUAACUGGGACUUUCUUAUUCCAACAAGUUAAAACCUUCCUGAUUAAACUAGCUAUCGAUCCACCCUGUAUUACUUCUCACCUUCUUUACAGUAAUGUGUUAAACAUUCUAGACCCUACAGACAAAGCUGGCGAAGAGGCUUCCCUGUCAUGUAUCCAGUGGUUUCCGUGGGCCGGGCACUAGAUUUAGGCACUUUAUGGGCGUUAAAUGCUCGCUGAAACCUCACAGGAACACUGUACUAGAAGUGGUUAUAAACCCACUAUACAGAUGAGGACACGGGAGCUCAGGGAAGCUAAGUAAUUUACCCAAUGGCACACAGCAAGAAGGUGAUAGAGCUGGAAUUCAAAGGCCAUCUGACCGAGGUCUGCUUUUGACUUUGCUAUAGCGUCCAUGUUAUGCAUUCUUGUGUGUAUGUGUGUGUGUGUGUGUGUGUGUGUGUGUGCGUGUGUGUCUUUCUAGUUUCAUGGACACGGCACACAGAGGUGGGGAGAAGAUCUCUGUUACCAAGAGGGCACAAGGUCUUUGCGUAAACAUGACCUCGCGGGUUACCCCUGCAGUUACGUAAACAUUAUUUUGGUUUGGGUUUUGGGAAGGCUGUAUGCGGCACACUUUCUGUACUGUUAAAACUGCCCUUUGAAAGCACUCUUUUGCACUUUACUUGCUUAGUUUGCAGGAACUCCGAAUACAGCAGGAAUAAAACAAUUCAAAGCGCUAAACUAAGCUGCACAUUCUACCAAAUGGAACAGGUGUUGGUGUGUGCUUCCCCAAACGAGUCAAAUCACAGUAAAUACAGAGGGAUCCAAAACAGCCCUUGGCUGAGAGUGGGAAAAUCUCCAAAAUAACCUGUUCCCUGAGUACGGGGGGGAGGGGGCACAAAGCCCCAAGGAAUAUAAUCAAAGAAGAGCCCUCCCUCUGUGGAGAUUGAUCCAUUAAAUAUGCAGUGUUGGACAAACUAUAACAUACUCUCCAAAGGAGAUGCUGAGAGGGAAUAAGAGCUUGGACUCUGCUUAGUGUGUACAAGCUAAGAUCUGGGGGGAGGCUAGUUGUUGUGAAGCUGUUUGAAUGUCACCCUUGUAAGAUGGGGCCAAACAGCAUGUAGCAAGACUGCUACACAUUCUAAACACACGUCAGCACAGCCCUGCCCUUCCAGCCUGCGCCCCACCCCCUGCCCACAUAAACCUGGAAUAAAUGCCUCAAUUUUGCACACGGGAAGAACACAUGUUCCGUAUCUUCAGUGGGUGGUGACUUUCACUUCACCUGGUAACUGGGUACCAAUUUUUUCUUCCCUGACAGAUCUGGAGGUUUACUGGUGACAGCUGAGGGACGGUUUGGAGACUAGAGCUCCAUACCAACUCCUCACCCAAUAGCAAACUCUAAGAACUUAGCGCUUUUGGGGGUAGGGCCCUAAUGUGUGUGUAGGUAGGGGUGUUCCUGGCCUACAGGUGGGGUGACUGGGACUCUUGGUCUGCACUCCCCUGUCCCAGCCUGUGAUGGUGGGCAACUGAGUCCUUGCGCAUCCAACUUUGUUACCUCAUCAGCACAUCGAGGGAAUUGAACACACAAAAUCAUCGAGGUCCCUUUUAGUUCUGCAGCAUUCUGACCAAGCAUCCCCUGGUCCACGAGUUUGUUAAAUUUAUUAAGAACCAUAUUAGCUGGGUUUGUAAAUACCGACUAAUGGGCCCCUUCAUCUUAGGCUAAGAGAAGAGCUUAGUCUCCUGCCCUUUGGGAUUUGUUUUCUGGGUAAUUGAUGGAGACCAGAUGUAUUUGGGAGCCUGGUGUCCAAAUUAGAAUCAUGCCCUGUGUAGGCUCACUCUAUCCUCCCUUACAGCAGGCUGUCACCCGGAGGGCUCAGGCGAUGCGGACAUUUUUUGCAUGGCGUUAAGAUUAUUUAAAGAAUUUUAAGCUGUUGCUAUUUGCAGUCAAAUGUAGUAAAAGUUCCCCUUGAUUUGAUUACUUCAUGAAUUCAUAUACUAUACACAGGUCUCUCUCUCUCUCUCUCUCUCUCACACACACACACACACACACACACACACACUGGAAAUGGCUGCCUUGGGUUCUAUGGGGGACCAUUCCAUGUUGAAAGUCCUAAUUGCACUAGACAUUAGCAAACCACCUCCUUCCUCCCUCCGAGAGGAGGACUUCCUGGCUGAGUCAAUGCCGCUCAUCUAUUUGUGUGCUUGGUUUUGGGGAUUAGUGAGAAUGUAGCCAGAAUUUGGGUGAGGCAGAUUUAUACUCAUUGGAUUGGGUAAGAAUGGAGACCAUCCAAUGUAUACCAUGGUUUCUGAACCAUAGGAAAGGCAUAAGAAAAUAAAACAAACGUGCAGAGACUCUCUAAAAAAAAAUGAGGAAGAAACCAGUAUUGCAUUUCUUGUCUUUGCUUUCCGUAUCCCGCUGAUGUUUCAAGUGGAGGUUAUUGUUUCUGUGAUGAUGCACCUAUGUGCAAAGACGGUGGCUGUGUCAGCAGAGAGAACUUUCAUCAGUAUAGUUAGUGUAAGAGCUAGUUAGCAAUGGUCUUAAAAAAUAAAAAUGGGGACUCUCUGAAACAAAGGUGACUUCAAUUUGGCAUUGUCGAUGCUAUAUUCUGCAUAUGGAAACUUUGGGAUAGCAUGUUGAGGACAUGGCUUAUAAACAAAGCCCUGCACUCUGUCUUUGCGCGAUAAACCACCUGUGUUUUUCUUCACCAACUUGCCCGCAGUCCAUGUAAACUUCAGUCCUCCUGUGGCAGUCCCUAGGCCACAUGACGUCAGCGCAGUGGCAUUGAGGAGAAAUAAGAAGUGUCUCUGAUUUUACUGAAAGUGAUUAUCAUUUUCACAGGUGCCUAAGAUUUGAAAUCUACCUUCUGUUCUUGGUUCUUAAGUGAAAAAUCUCUCAUAGUUCCCUGUGCAUUAAAAAAAAAAAAAAAGCCCUUGAGAGGACUCUGCUCCAUCAAAACAGCAGACCUGUGCUGCGGAGGGCAACUGGAAAACCUCUCCUUUGCCAUCAGGGUGCCGAGCUUGAAGGGGGAAGGUGCAGUGGUACCUAGAAGUGACAUGCAAACUAACCCACAUACCAGCCUCCAGCCUCUCCCGUCCCAGACUCACAGGCAGGGGACCCAGUGAUGAUGAAAACCCUUGUGUGGAGGUGUUUUACCUAUUUUUCUCUCUGUAGGAUUUCAUGGUGCUUUAAAAAAAAAAUAAAGGCAUUUUACUGAAAAUGCGGGGUGGGGGGAGGAGGGAAUUUCGUAAUGUUCUUAGGAAAAGUACAAAAGCAAAUUUGCUUGUAACAUUUCAAUAAGCUGUGCUGCUAUUGUCUUUAUUUGAUGAUGAUGUAAUUUUUUUUCCAAUGAUGCAGAAAAUUGCAACAAAGACCUUCUGGAAGAUCCAA